AUGGGCGUGCGGGCGGCGCCGGGCCCGCUGCUGCUGAGCGCCGCGCUGCUGGCGGCGGGCUGCGCGCUGGGCCUGCGCCUGGGCCGCGGGCGGGCGGCGGCGGACCGCGCGGCGCUCGCCUGGCUCUGCGCCGACGCCCUGGUGCACGGCGCGCUGGAAGGCUCUUUUGUCUACUUGUCUUUCAUGGGAAACAUUGCUGAUUCUGAUGGCUUCCUUGCUUCCUUGUGGAAAGAAUAUGGCAAUGCUGAUGCAAGAUGGCUUCAUUUUGACCCAACCAUUGUGUCUGUGGAAAUUCUGACUGUGGCCCUGGAUGGUUUUCUGGCAGUGGUCCUGGUGUACGCCAUACUCAAAGAGAAAUAUUAUCGGCACUUCAUACAGAUCACGCUGUGCGUGUGUGAACUGUAUGGCGGGUGGAUGACCUUCUCCCCGGAGUGGCUUAUGGGGAGCCCCAGCCUCAGCACCAACCAUUGGCUCUACUUGUGGGUCUAUCUGGUAUUUUUCAAUGGCCUGUGGGUUCUGGUCCCAGGACUGUUACUGUGGCAGUCGUGGGUAGAACUGAAGAAAGUGUAUCACAAAGGAACCAGCUUAGAGAAAAAGUUCCAAUGA